UAUCUUAUUUUUCUCAACCCUUCGUCACUCGAUGUCCACACCUUGAUGGGUGCUUCUCUCUCUCUCUCUCUCUGUGUCUCUCUGUCUCUCUGUCUGUCUCUGUGUGUGUGUGUGUAUUUGCGAGAACAGGCGCGAUAAGCAGAGCCCCCGGGUGUAGAAGCGCUGAUAUCUACGCUCCGGUGCUCCGUGGGCGAGUUAUUGCUUAUCUUAUCUGCGCCCACCCUACGUCCCUACGCGGCGGGGUUAGUUUUGGGACAGUCUUAGGCAACUGUACCGAGCCGGCAACUUGCAGUGUCACCGGUGGAAGCGUUUGCGGAAAUUGCACGGCCGCGCAAGUGUCACCAUCGUCAUCCACGCGUGAACCAUACGCAAAGCCGGCCCCGUAUUUUCCCAAAGUUUGUUCUCGUUCUCUUCGAAGCCAGCCCGGUUGGGAGCAGCUAGAAAGCAAAAGUCACACUCACUAAUCUUCCAUUUGCGUAGAAGACGUACCCACCGAGAGAGAGAGAAAGAGAGAGAGAGAGAGAGAGAGAGAGAGAGAGAGAGAGAGAGAGAGAGAGAGAGAGAGAGAGAGUGUGUAACUUAGCGCUGUAUGCCCUUUUACCGACACACAAGCUCGCGCACGCGCAUCUGUGUGCUUCGGCUGCUGUGGCUGCCCGACGCUCUCGAAGAAAAGGAUCGCUUUGGCGAGUGGAGACGCCGCGUAGGUGCCAUAAGGGCGCGCGCCACGAAAAGGGGAGAAUGGAGAGUGCACUUUAGUGCGUUCGCAGUUGCAGCGUAACGCAGGCAGCUCAUUCGCUGUUCGCACACGGGCUAAGCUGGAUCGGAGGCAUUGAGCAUUCUCGCGCGAAUAAGAGCGCGCGCGUGCGGCCAACUUCCGGAUUUUCGCGUGUCGUGUGUGUGUGUGUGCGGGAUCUGUGUUUUUUUUUUUUUGGGGGGACACAACAGUUGUGCUUAGUGGUCGUGUGCGAUUAGUGUGCUAACACCGACCACCGUGCGCCUGAAGGACCGGGCCAGAUCCGUGGGGGUGAGUGUGCGUGUCCCUCGUGGUGCUAAUUGUCAGCGGUGCGCGGGUGAUCAUCGCAUCAACAGAAGCCUACAGUGUAGUUACAAAUCAACAAUCAGGUGUCAUAUCGUACCCUCCCACCAUCCGCACGGUUCCUAAGUACAGUGCAGCGUUUUGUUGUUCGCUCUCGGUUACAAGCUGGUGGCCCCGUGCUUUGUGCCGUUUUGUGCACGCCGGAAGUGUUUGAUGUGUGUGUGUGCCUAGAGCUUGAAAGAAAACCUAAACAGCAACCAAAACCAAAAAAAAAAGCACCUACGCGCAAACCGCGUCCAUCAAUCAAACAGUGGCGGAAACGGUGCGAUUGCUGCCGGACAGUUUGCUCAAACACUCAAACGCUUAUCUAUCGAAUCCCCGAUCAACCGAUUUUCUGCAGUUACAACUAGAGAGAAAGAGAGUGUGAGAGAGAGAGAGGGAGAGAGAGAGAGAGAGAGAGAGAGAGAGAGAGGGAAACCGGGUAACAAAAGUAUGCGUUUGCGGUGGUGGCGUGGUAGCUAGUAGAAAAGCGGCGAACCUUAUUGUGCGUGUGCUCUUUUGGCGCGUUUUUUUGUGUGAAAGAGACUCACUCACCACCCGAAAAGUGAGCACACAUGGUGCAGGAGAUCGAACCGGCCGCCGAGAUGGCCCUGCAGGACGAUGGAGGGGACGGGCGGACCCACAGCUAUCGGCGGUCCUGCUGGAGCGUCCUCUUCUGCCGGAGCAAGGGUAACCGGGUGUCGCAGGAGUCGGACUCGCUCACGGUGAAGGUGGGCUGCGAGGUUCAGGAGAAGAAGCAGCGCUCCCAAACCAACGAAACGAACCGCAUCAAGUCGACCAAGUACACGCUGAUCACCUUCCUGCCGCUCAACCUGUUCGAGCAGUUCCGCCGGAUCGCCAACCUGUACUUCCUCUUCAUGACCGUCAUCUCGAUAGUGAUAGAUAGCCCAGUAUCGCCGAUGACGUCACUGGUGCCGCUAGUGUUUGUGAUAGCGGUGACGGCCGCGAAGCAAGGGUACGAAUGCUUUCUGCGCUACCGGGCGGACAAUAUGGUCAACUUCUCGCCCGUCACGGUGAUCCGGGGCGGCGUGACGGUCGACAUACGCUGCCAGGACAUCCGGCGGGGCGACAUCGUGCUGAUGUCGCGCGACUGCGACAUCCCGUGCGAUGUGGUGCUGCUGCAGAGCUCGGACGAGCACGGCCGGUGCUACGUGACCACCGCCAACCUGGACGGCGAGACGAACCUGAAGACGAUGGCCGCCCCGAAGGGUGUGCCGGUGGUGCCGCCCGACCGGCUGCACACGAUCGGGCGCAUCGAGUACGAGCGGCCGCACACCGACCUGUACAGCUUCAACGGGCGCAUCGAGCUGGCGGACGCGUACGUCGCCGGCGGCGACCACAGCGUGCUGCCGCUCGCCACGGAAAACCUGCUGCUGCGCGGCAGCCGCAUCCGCAACACCGAGUGGGCGAUCGGGUGUGCCGUCUACACCGGGCAGCAGACGAAGCUCGCCCUCAACAGCCGCAUGACGACGAGCAAGAUGAGCUCGAGCGAGCGGUACGUCAACAAGUAUCUGGUGUUCUUUCUCGUGCUGCUGGUCGUGAUCGUCACGGUGAGCUACUUCCUCAAGCGCUACAACGACGAGUACCGGACCGAGCACAACCAGUACCUCGGCGAGAUGCUGUCCAACUACCGCGUGUCCCAGUUUCUGCAGGACUUCUUCUCCUUUCUGAUACUGUUCAACUACCUGAUACCGAUCUCGCUGUACGUGACGAUCGAGAUGGCCAAGUUUCUCGGCGGCUUCUACCUGGAGUGGGACCCGGACCUGUACGACGAGGAGACGGACCAACCGUGCAUCGUGAACACGUCCGACAUCAACGAGGAGCUCGGGCAGGUGUCGCUGCUGUUCUCCGACAAGACCGGCACGCUCACGAAGAACAUCAUGAUCUUCCAGCAGUGCUCGAUCGCGGGCCGCAAGUACGAGCAGCAGGGUCGCCGGCUGCUGGAGGCCGGCGAUCGGCGCGCCGCGCUCAAAAUCAACGAGCUGCCGACGCAGGUGAAUGAGUUCUUCCAAGCGUUGGCCGUAUGCCACACGGUACAGGUGGCGGGCGAUUACACGAAAGAGACGGAGGAGGACGCAACCAGCCCGCCCAAGGAGGCGAAGGAGACGGACGUGCUGAUGGAGGAGUCGUUCACCGUGGGGAACGCGCCCGAUCCGCCGCUAGCCGAGCAGCCGCCGCCGCCAGACGACGAAUCCACUGUACGGAUUAGCCGACGGCCGACCAGUGGCCUGUUCAAUGGUUUGAACCGCGUUGCGCCGGCGGCACUAACCCGAUCCACCUCACGUCCACAGAGCCUGGUCGAGGGGCAGACCGAGAGCAGCUUCAUCCUGCCGCACGCGUCCGGCAGCAACGGCAACCUGCAGCUGCCGGUGCAGCAGCUCGAGCUGAAGCGCACCAUCUCGGCGUACGAGGAGAAGCCGGCCCCGCUCGUGCACGACGAGGCGAAGCAGCUCGGCCACCGGCGCACCCAGUCGCACGUACCGAUCGGGGUGAACCGGCCCAAGAGCUACCAGAUUGCGCUCGACAGCCCGACCGGCACCUUCCAGCGGCCGGUGGUGACGCUGCGCCGGAACCGGGGCUCCUACCUGUCCCGCUCGGUGCGCGAAUCGUACGCCGCGCCCGCCUACAACGAGUCGGCCCUCGUCCAGCGGCAGGAGUCGCAUCUGCGGCAGCGCGAGGUCGACACGUUCAUUCGCAAGAUGGACUACCAGGCCUCGAGCCCGGACGAGAAGGCGCUGGUGGAGGCGUGUGCCCGCAUGGGCCUGGUCUACAUCGGCGACGACGGCGACCAGAUGCAGAUCAGGGUGCGCCGGUCGUGCGUCCGGGCGAACGUCCGCUCGCGGCUGGGCGAAAUCCCGGACGAGGAGCUGAUACAGUACGAGCGGCUGGCCGUGCUCGAGUUCACCUCCGACCGGAAGCGCAUGAGCAUCAUCGUUCGGGACGCGCACGGCCAGAUCUGGCUGUACACGAAGGGAGCGGAGAGCCACGUGCUGCCGCUGUGUGCCCACACGCCCCUGAUCGAGACGACCCAGCGCCACAUAGACGAGUUUGCGAAGCUGGGGCUCCGCACGCUGGCCGUCGCCCGGCGACGCCUGACCGAGCAGCAGUACCGCGCGUUCCACGACGAGCUGAUCGAGGCGGGCAGCUCGCUAGUGGACCGGGUGGAGCGGGUCGCCGAAUGUCAGCAGCGCGUCGAGACCGAGCUGGAGCUGCUCGGGGCGACCGCGGUCGAGGACGCGCUGCAGGACGACGUGCAGAGCACGCUGCAGGCGCUCGGCCAGGCCGGCAUCCGGGUGUGGGUGCUGACCGGCGAUAAGGUCGAGACGGCCCUGAACAUAGCGCUCAGCUGCGGGCACAUACCGGACGGGGCGGCGCGCUACUUCAUCACCGAAUGCCGCACGGCGGACCAGGUGCAGCAGCAUCUCGACACGCUCGCGCUGGAGAUGUUCCGGCAGCGGGACGUCCCGUUCUCGAUGCUGAUCGAUGGGGCCAGCCUGAAGAUAGCGCUGGAAGCGCACCGGGAGCAGUUUCGGGACGUGAGCGUCCGGUGCCGGGCGGUGCUGUGCUGCCGGCUCAGCCCGCUGCAGAAGAGCGAGGUGGUGCAGCUGAUGAAGACGGCGGAAGGUGCGCCGGUGACGGCCGCGAUCGGCGAUGGGGCGAACGACGUGUCGAUGAUACAGGAGGCGCACGUCGGGCUGGGCAUAGUGGGUCGCGAGGGCCGGCAGGCCGCCCGGUGCGCCGACUACGCGUUCGCCAAGUUCUGCAUGCUGAAGAAGCUGCUGCUCGUGCACGGGCACUACUUCAGCACGCGGCUAGCCGUGCUGGUGCUGUACUUCUUCUAUAAGAACCUGGUGUUUAUGGGCAUCCAGCUGUACUUCCAGAUACACAGCCUCUUCUCCAACCAGUCGGUGUACGACUCGGUGUUUCUCACGCUGUACAACGUCGUGUACACCGCCAUCCCGGUGCUGGUGCUAGCGCUCACCGAGAAACCGUACCAAGAGCAGACGCUACUUAAAAAUCCCGCCCUGUACCAGAAGGUGGCAGGGAACAAGCAGUACGCGUGGAAGUACUUUAUCGGCUGGAUGGUGCUCGGCAUCUACCACUUUUCGGUGAUCUACUUCUUCUCGUACGCGGUGUGGAUCGAGAACCCGGCAAUCUAUGCGCACUGGCCGGCCACGGCUAGCUUCGCCUGCUACGGUACCAUCCUGAUACACAACGUCGUGGUGCUGGUCAACCUGAAGCUGCUGAUCGAGUCGAUCUACAAAUCGUACGUGUUCAUUGCCACCGUCCUGCUCUCGAUCUUUGCCUUCAUGGGCUCCACCUUCGUGUACAAUCUGCUGAACAUCAACUACGACGGCUCGAUGCUGCAAGUGUACAACAACCUGCUCUCCUCGCUGACGUUCUGGCUGCUCAGCUUUGUGAUACUGAUAGCGGGCUUCCUGCCGGACCUGACGAUGCUCGCGAUCCGCUCGAUCGGCGUAAAGCUCGGGCACAUCUUCCCGGGCGGUGCCAAGUACCGGCGCGCCCUGUUCCAGUGGCGGGGCAACGAGCUGCAGUCGACCGAUCUUUAGCGCGACCGACCAUCAUCACCGGCAACACAUGACCACCUUCGGUUCCUUUCCGCGCCUCCACCAUUGCAGUAUGGCAGUAUGACCAGUAUUUUCAACGACUUUCCCCUCUUUUUUCUGUGUGUGCGUAGUUUGAAAGUGGGGCGCUUUUAAAGAAUAAGACAUUUUCCAACUAGUGUGGCAGCAUUAGAUGACUGCAGUAAGCUAGCUUUAAGUUAUUUAACUAUGUUUUUUUUUUCGUUUGCUUGCACACUAUUUAUUAAGCCAUAGCCGAACGCUAAAACGAUUGUUUGCGUUGAAAAGGGCGAAGGAGGGUGGUGCGAACGCGUUUAUGGCGUGACAGGGCGACAAGCAAAACAAACAUAAAAAAAAAAACAAAAAACGAAAAUAGUGCAUAAAAGCCAUAUUUUAUUCGUUUCCGGACACGAGCAGCCGCCAAAAGAGGGGGGAAUGCAAACCGUGUUUGCAGAGGGCGCUACCAGUUUAUUGAUGCGAAGUUUCGCAGCAAGGCAAGGUCUGCAAUACGUCUCGUGCGCUGUGUGCCUUGUGCCAGCACUUGUUCGCCGAGUGGCGAAGAAGAGCCCUGAAACGGUUGCACCCAAACCCAGAACAAGCUAGAGGCGACCAUUUGAGUACCAGCAUCGACCAAAAAAAAAAGGGAAAAACACCACUAUACAAAGAAAAGAAACAUAAGUAAACGAUAAACAUAACACGACCUGUUGUGCUAGGUUAUAAACGUAUCGCAAGCUUCGUUGAAAGUUGGCAAAACAUACUAGAUAAAAAGAAGAAACGAUCGAGAGAGAGAGAGAGAGAGCAAAGGACCAAAACCGAAAUGGAAGCAAAGCAGCGAAAUAAGAAAGGCUAAUAACCGUCGAGUUAAAUUAUGCACCCAAAGCUAGAAUUUCGUGUCCGUCCCCGCCGUGUACCGGACGUCCUGCUUGGUUUGGCUGGCUGGGCGGCUCGCUGGUGCCUUUACUGUUUUAUUUGCGUGUUAUAUUUUUACAUCCUCCUGUCCCCCGGACGAGCCAGCAACGCCCGGCGCUUUCCAUUCGUUAAUAUUCGUGCGGCACAAAAUAUGCCAUUUUUUAAAUCCCCGGCUAAAGGCAAACCCGCGGGGACCAUUUGUGGGGUUUGGGAAUGGGAGGGGGGGGAGGCGGAGGGGCCUUUAAGUGUGAGCCACCGGUUGAGCUCGCAGUGCCGCCUCCUCGCCUUCACCCCAAUCCCUCGCGGGAUGCUGCAGGAUCGCUGGUAACGAUGGUUUACCGUCUUCCGAUUUUUAAGGGGCCCGCGCCAUAAAGUAUGUACAUUAAGAGGAUUUUUAUAAGAAUAUACAGUGAGUGAGUGAGUGAUUUACGAGCGGUGGAUUUACCCUUGCACUGCGGCCGCCCCAAGCGUUCGUGGAGCAGGUGCCGGAGCGCAAGGGGGUUAUUACCUUUAACUCGCGAUAGACAAUAAGUACGUACAGUAGGAUUUGUUUAUAUAGACCAAACCGACAAAGCAAACAAAACAAACAAAAACCCCCAAAUACGGAAAAGACCAAGCCCAAGAAAACGAUUCGACUGUACCCAAAGGGUAGCGUUAAGAUAAACUUCAGUGUCUUGCUGUAAAAUGGUGAUGCUAUUUUUUUUUUUACACAAAUAAAACACGUUUCGAAACUAUA